UUCUUUUUUUUUUUUAAAGGAAACCUUAGAUUGGCGAAGAUUUUGAAUAAAAUUCUAUCGAUAGAAAGUUUUUAUACUGAAAUAGUUGAUUUUCCAAUUUGAUUUAUAAAGAAUUCCUGCUUAUCAGUGCAAACUUAAUUUUUCACUGCAAACAAAAGUCAGAUGUAACUGCCCUUUCUUAAUAAUCAUAAUAAUAUUUUAAUAAACUUCAUAUGAUACAGGGUUUGUAACAUUCCGGCUGCUAACAGUUAUUUAUUGAUACUUCAAGUCAAUUUUACGUUUUUGAAUUUUUAUCCUGUAAAGUCUUAUGAUAAUUACAGAAAUUACAAAGCUUUUUAUACAAUGGGUAUAAGAUGAGAAGACAUUCCAAAUUUUUAGUCCUUCACUUUAAUUAGUAUACAGCGUUUUAAUAAACUUCCGAAUGAAUGCACUAGAUGGCGAUACUGUUCAGUAACCUAGAAAUGACUGUUAAUGACGUCAGAAAUAAGAUGUCAGCGAGAGCGUUCUACGUUUAAGCGGGAGAAAACUGUAAUGCUUUGAGGAAUUAACAUAACAAGUUCUAAUCCUUGAUAAACCACGUGCUUUUCUUGUGUUCGCUCCAUAGGAAGCCGGACUGCUCUUGUAUGAAAAACAUAUGGUUGAUAAAAUGUACUACUAGCCAUUAUCAGGAUAUGUUGACCGCAGCGACUAGUCACUUCGGAAGUUGUAUCAUUUGUAUUCACAGUAUAAAACACGAAUGAGUUCAUUCGUCGAUAUCCCUGCCCAAGGGAGAUUUGAACUGUUUCACAGAAGCAGAGGAGAAGACAGUCCGAUGAAUAUUGCUGUUCAUUUAAUUAUGCUCAAUGGUAAGACAGCAUUAUUUAUAUUGUUAUGACUACCAUAAAUUUAAUUAAUCUUUCAAAGGAAGUGCAUAUCACUACAUGCAGACUGUAUUUGUUGUUUUUAAAGAAACCUAAUAUCAUGAAGAAUAUAUGACUUAAAUGCUAAACGGAAUUUUACGAGUCUGGUUUUAAGCGCGGUUAUCGAUUCUGGCAUUUCCGACCGAGGAAACCGAUAUCAGAAAUCUGACAGGAAAAAGGAUAUCGAACAGCGAUGUAUGCAGGUUUUGGCUCAACUUCUAAUACAACAACACAGGAUAAUGAUAAUUCGUUAGAUAUACCGGCUUGGAAAAAACAACUCAUCAUGAAAAAACGUGCUGGUAACGUCUCAGUUGUAGAGGAGAAUUCCCGUCGUAACCUAGAUUCAUCCGCUAGUGGUGUAAACAUAACUAGGAACGGUGAUAGUAGUAACACGUGCGGUAAUUGCCCUUUGGGCGGCGGUAAUAACAAGUUUUCUCGGCUAGCGAAAGCUCGUGAGCCAGAUUUACGCGAGAUUUCCCCUCCGAAAACUGUGACAAUUGGAAACAUAAAUGUUGAAUUAAGAAGUGUGAAACCACCUUCUGAUAACCACGAUUCAUACGAUGCAUUAAAAUCAGAUCGAAAUUCGAAUUUUGAAACGGGACAGGAAUCAGAUGACGAUGGAUAUGAAGAUCUGCAGUAUGGCCCAGGUAUCGUUGAUCGAUUACGUGCUAGAUUUCUUAAUAUGGGAGCCAAAACACAGCAUAAACCUGUAGUCAGGCGGUUUUCCAGUUUGGAAAAUCUGCCCGGUAGUAAUAGUGGACCGUAUAGAGUUAAUGCUCGUUCCGUCCGGCAUAAUGGAUUUAAAUUUGGUAGUGGCCCUCCAUACAAUAUUUCUGGAAAUGUGAAAAAAGCUCAAAGUAUGGAAACAUUAUUAUGCAACACAUCCGAACAUCAUAUAUUUGCCUUUAAUAAAAGGUCUAAUGCCCGUUAUAUCGGUGGUGUAAAAGCUCGAAUUUUCUCGAAAAAUAUAUCUCCUAUAUCUAUUGUUACUGAUGAAAGUGAUACAUCUAAAGAAAAAACACCUUCUCCUUCAGCGUCUCCGAGGCAAUUCAAUAAAUGUGUACGAAGGUGGGAUUACAGUAGAAGUGCUUCAGCGCCAAAUAUUAAUGAAGACGAACUACCGAAGCCCGAUACGGUGAAGCACGUGAAAAAAAUUUUCGAAUCGCCUCCCGUAGUUAGUAGUUCUGAGAAGACAUCAUGCCUGUCAAGCGGUACACGUUUCCGCAAAAUUCCUAGUACGAUCACAACACCUACCUCAGUUUCAAAUGACGGUGCCAUAUUGGGAAGGAUAGCGGUCAAGAAACCCGACGUCGGAGAGGGCAGCCUCGAUGCCAAAUCAAGUGCCAAAGAAUUUCCAGAUCUCGUUGUAAACAAUCUGCUUAGGAAAGAGGAGGUUUUAUCAUCUGCCGAGAGAGAGGAGAAAUGUGAUGACGGCGAGAUAAAUGAAGGAGAUUAUAGCUCAGUAUUGGACAACGAUUUAUCAGCUAAUAGGUCAUGUGACACUUCUCCUGUUUCGCAAGAAAAUGUAGUGUUAUCUACUGAUGCUCACGACCCAUUCGUAAACAAUCCAGGAAGAGGGGACUUACCCGAUAAUCAGCGAGAGAAUAACACAAUUUCUGAAUUAACUCGAUCUUCCAUCAAGGUCACACCCGAACAGUUACCUCUGGCGGAGGAAUUUAAACAUACCGAGCUAUUGUCUCAAGGUAGGCAAGUCAGUCAAGUCAGCGAAGCGGAAAAAGUCGAAGACGAUCUGUUGCCCCACCCGCAAGCAGGUGACUGUAGCACCGCAGACGACGGGAUGGUCGUGGCGGCGGCUGUAUCUGGCGGGGAGUCAGCCUCAGAUUCCUGUCCUGCGCCUAAGAAAGGAAGCACCUGGCAGAAAGCCCCUGCAUCCUCCACCUCCAUCGUGUUUGAUUUCCGGGGUAAAGAUGUGAAACCCAACAUUUCUUUAAACCCGACACCAUUUGGCUGCAGGCCGGCCAAAGUGUCAAGGAAUUCUAACUGCCUUAAGAAAAGAUCCAACUCUCCCCCGCGGGCCGGCAUCAACGGAGUGCCAUCUAAAGAAUAUAUUGUCGACCAGGAGGAUUGCAAGAAAGAUGAUGAGGAUGAAGAAGACUGGGAUGAAUUAGAUGUUGGGGCUGAUUUGCCUCGUUUUUCCGGAAUAGUUUUCACAGGUGAAAACAUUAAAGUAGGCAGAGGCGCCCUUCUAGAAACAAGAAAUAAAAAGGUAAGA